GUGUUUUGUGUAAAGAAUAAUUAGUUUAGUUUUUGAGUUUGAUUAAAAUCUUUUUGACGGCUAGAUCCGUGUAAGAACCUAUAAGAAAUACAAUGUUUCUUUAAUAAGUGUGUAAUGCAAAUAAUAAAUAUUAUCAAUAGGUUUUUAAUACAAACAUUUUUUAAUCAUUCUCGAAUACCCGUCUCUGGAUUACUAACUUAUUUCACAGAAAGCCUCAUCACAUGCUUCAAUACAGUCAAGAAUAUUCUUGAGUGGUAUCCUCCGAUGCAACAAAUUUAUUCACCUGACGACGAUGUUACAUUGCCGUUUUCCUGCCAACGCUGUGGCCGCCGAUAUACCCACAAGUACACUCUGUCGCGCCAUGUCAAAUUCGAGUGUGGUAUAUUGCCCAACUUUGAGUGCACCCAGUGUAUGAAGCGCUUCAAGCAUCGGCAUCAUCUGCGAGAACACGAGAAAACACAUCACGCGACCCCGCAUUGAAGACGAGAAUAAGAAAUGAAGAAAUUGAAAAUAUGACAAUAUCUAAACGUAUUUUUUAUUUUAUAUAAGUAUUAUUAUUUUAGGCGUAUAACAUGCCAAAGAAAAUUAUAUUAUUCAAAGUAGCGCUUUACUAAUUUGUUUUUGUUUUGUGAAAUAAUUCACAAGGUGUAUUACUUGUAAAGUAAUAUGAUAACUAAUUUUCAUAAGCUCAAAAUAAAACUUUUUGAUGAAUUAAAAAA